AUCGUAGUAUACCCUUCUCUAACCUCACUCGCACCAGUCCAAGAUGGAUGCUGCUCAUCUUCAUUCGGCUUGGACUCGGUGAAAAAGAUAUAAAACAAUAAUCAACGCGGAUGCGUAGUCUAAAACGUAUAUUCAGUGAAGUAUACGCGUUCGAUCGUAUGAUUCUGUUACGUAAAAUUUUUACCCAUUGUUGUCAUAAAUCUUUUCAAAUGAAAAUGUACUCGAAAAAAAUCGUGAUUUUUAUUCUCAAAGCUGUGGAAAAUGUCUCAUAAAAUUACAUUACGUUAAAUGUCGGAAAAUAAGAAAUAUAAUGGACGUCGUCGAUGACGCCGAAGGACCUCUCGACCCUCGUAUACAGAUUGAGCUGGAAAAUUUGAACACCGCUACUGACAAUAUAAAUAAACUUGAGAUAGAAUUAGAUGAAGCUCGUACUGCAUUAGAACAACUGUGGUCCGAGUCGACACGACGCUCGAAAGACAUUUCUAACAAAUUAGGUGCAAGUUGCAUCGACAGAGCAAGAUGUUAUUACAAAGCGAGGGAAGUUGCACGGCAAGCACAGGUUCAAUGUCAAUAUCAGGCUCAAUUAUUUCAAAGAGCAAGCGAGAUUCAUGCAGCAGCGAAAGAAACCGUGGCCCUUGCAGAAGCGAGAUUCCUGGCCCAUCAACAUGAAUGGAAUUUUGAUCAAGCUUGGCAGGAUAUGCUAAAUCAUGCUACGAUCAAGGUGAUGGACGCAGAAAAUCAAAAAGCCGAGUGUGGUCGUGAACAUCAUCGAAGAACCGCUUUAUUCCACGAUGCUGAUAUGAAGGUUCAACAGCUGGAAGAAAAGUAUCGACGAUCUAUAAUUAAGGCUGAACCUUAUUUCGAGAUGAAAGCUCAAUACGAUCAAAUGUUGGCAACACAAAAGGAAUGUGUGAAACGUCUUGAGAAAGCUGUUAAAGAAGCUAAGCGUUCGUACUCCGCGAGUUUUCGAGCUCUCGAAGACAUUAGCAAUCAAAUUCAUCAGCAGCGACGAGAUUAUGAUAUGGUAGCAAACGGACCAAGAGAACCAGGUGUUGGUGCCGAGCUCGUAAGUCCCGAGGAUAGUUUAAAUUAUGAAACUGAAUUGAAUAAGGUAUCCAUAAGCAGAGUCAAUUCCCUGGCAAGCUCUAGUGACCCCGAUGCCGAAGACAGAAACAAAGACUUUGAUGACAUUCGCGAUCUUCAGCAACGAGUCGAUCAGUUAGGAGGUCGUUCGAUCGAUGGUAGUGAGUCGUUUUCAAGCCAAUGGGAAUUAGAGCUGCAAGCGAGUAUGGAGAAGUUGAACAGUUUGUCGAUGAAAAAUUCGCAAUGGAACGUGAGCAGUGCAGGAAAGGACGAAAGCGACAGUGCACAAGAUCGUUGUAACGUCAGAGAAAAAGAACUUUCGGACCACCGUGUACGUCAUACAGAACAAGUCGAACCGAAAUCAUUGAAAAACGAUCAAAAUGAACAGAAAAAACUGCCAAUCGAUUUUCAAAUACUACGAAAAUUAACAUCAAACUCAACGAUUACAAGUUCGAGCGGUGACGUUCGUCAAUCACUCACGCAGAGCCCGAUAAAUUCAAUUUUAAACAGAUCGAAAAUGGCGAUAAGAAACGGUAUUUCAAAGUCCCUUAGCAACAGUUCAGUGAAUAUGAGUUUUGGAUUCGCAAGAUCGAGAAUAGAAAAUCAAACCUGUGACACAAAAAAACCACCUAAAGACGGAAUAACAAACGAAAAAUGUGAAAGUCGAAUUCCCACGAAUGGAACAACGGAAGAAAAAGAUUCGCAGUUCAGCGAAACUUCAAAAAAUGUUCGAAUCGAAGAGGAGAAAAAUCUCGGAGUUCUGCGCCAUUCAGAAGAGUUCCGAGAGUCAGAGUUGCCAAAAUCGAGCAAAAGUGUGGAAUGCGAUGAUCCGAAAAAUCGGAAACUCACCAACGACAAGUUGGAGGCGAAAAAGUUAACCCAAUUUACCUCGCACAGCGUUGAUUCAACUCCCGUUAGAUCGAAGCCUCCCCUCUCUCGAACCACCGCAAGAUCGCUGGAUCACGAUAACGAAGAUCUCGUUAAAUGUCCGAAUUUCAAAAAAAUUCCAGCUGCUAAAACCUCGAGCGUAAGAGAAUUACCGCUGCUUUCGCUCUUCGAAAAAACCGCCAAAUCUCCGAUGUCAAAAGACAAAAGUUGUAGCAUGAUUAAUCUUGCGGAAAAGCACAAUUUGAAGACUCUCCUCGAUAAUCCGGAUUUACGGAGCAUACAAACCGUUAGUGUAGAACGAUUGGCCAGUGCGAGAAACAAUUUAAUAAACGAGCAUUCUGAAGCUUCUAAAGCAGCCAGAAAAUGAGAGAUUUAGGAACGAAUGAUAUUGUUCGAAAAGAAACCGAGAUAAAGUUGAAAUAACACGCGUUAAACUUGUGAUAAAUUUUUAUCUAACGAAUUUCAAUAAUCCAUUACAACUGUUUUUCUUUUGAAGGGUUUACCGUAGACCGAGUGGUACGAGGAUUAAAAGAUUAUUUACGUGAAAAGACAGACUGGAAAAAGUAUUAAGCCUCGUAAACGAAUAACGUGCAGUGUUGAUAACGAGAAGAUCAAAAUUUUGUACUUUUUCUAAGCGCAGCUAUAUUAUUCACGUUGUAUUGUGUUCGCAUAACUUAUUUCACAAACUUUAAACGACUCAGCAUUAUAACAAAGAAGCAAAUUUGAAAAGGAUAAUAUACGAGCCCACGUUCCUUUUCGUUUCCACUAUUUUGCGUCAUAUUUUUCAACGAAAUGAAAAUUAAAGUCUUUCGUGAAUUUUGACAUGUCGAGUAACCCCGUUGAUACGAACAAAAAAUGCAGUAUCGAUAACUUCCAUCCGAAGUUGACAACGUGCAUUUUCUCAGCUGACACUGGACGUCGUUCGGAGCAGAUGAACUCAAGCGAGAUGAAAAAAAAUUGUUUCACCCGCUCUAUCUGUUGGGAUAAGAAAAUUUUUAGCAUCGCUCAACUCAUUAGAAUCAGCAGAUCCGUUGGUCUUGCAAGAAUUAGCGAAAAUGGGUCGGAAUUUUAUUUAAAUUUUGAUCUUUCCAAGGGUGCCGAAAAUGUUCACAUGUCGAAGGCGAUUUUCUGAAACUUCUCAUCUGCGCGAUUCGACUUCCGAAUCAUCGAAAUCUAUUUUACGAUCGAAAUUGAAUUAGUACAAUUGUUUUGCUAGAAAUUCAGAAGCUCUAGUUACUAAUUUGCAGUGUCAAUAGGCACAGGAGACUCUCUAUUAUUCAUCGAUAAGCAAGAGAAAAAAAAAACUGCUUCAAUUGAAUCGCAAUCGUCGCAACGAAUUUGAGUGAUUGACACUCGAUCGAAUAACCGCUCAAAUUUCUACAGCUCAUUAUCGAUUUUGUUCCCCUUCAACCGAACGUUCGCAAUUGAAAAAAUAAUAGAAUAAAUUUUUAAAUAUCUGUAGCAUGGAAAAGUGUAAAACGAACAUGUUUGUCCGUUGGGAAUGGUCGGUAUACGAAUGUAAUCGAAGAAAUCGUGAGAAUUUCAAUUUUUUCGAAAACCACUUUCACAGGCAGUUUCAUAGGGCAAAAAGGUUCGAAACUGGCCAAUCGCGUCGUAUUCUGUAGGAAGAUCGUGUGAAUAUCCAGACGAUGUCACCCGAUGCGAAAACUCAACGAAAGACUACUACAAAAUCUGUAAAUGUAUAGGAAAGAAAAAAAACCAAAAGCGAAGUGGAAACAGCUUUGUAAUUUGUGUACACCCAAACCGUGUCGCAUUAUAUUUCGAGCGUUCUCUCAUUUGUUCAAAAGUAUAACUCGACGUACAUUAUUCCUAUGAAAAGUUGAUAUUACUAUGUAAACUCAUAGAUCGUAGAUAAAUCAUAAUAAUGAUGAUAAUAUUUGUAAAUAACGUUAGAAACUUUAAAUCUUCUAAAAAGAUGAAUUCAUCUAGCCUUAUUUACACACAUUCUAAAAGUAAGUUGCGUAUUUACAUGUGUACACAUAAAAAUGUAAUUUUUUAUGUAUACAGAUGUACGUACAUGAUCCGUAUAUAUAGGAAUGGCCGUACAAAAAACUAUUUCAUAUUCGGUGAAUCGUUCCAUUUGUUAUAUAAAUAUUUCUAAUGGUCUCUCGCAACGUGCGAGUCAUUUCACACGACUUUCCCGUCAUUUUAACGCUUCAGACUUCUUUUUUAUUCCAUCGCAUAACACAGUGAAUCGAAAAGAAUACUCCGCAUACAUUUUUCUCUUUCAGUUUUUCAUGACUUUUUUUUGUGAUCUACGAAACAGUGGCGAAUAAAGGAAGAUGAAGAACGAAAA